GACACACACCCACAGACACACGCACACACACGCUCGGUCUCUCGCGCACACAUAACUUUACUGUAACGUCCGCGGAGCUCACAAAACCCGCAGAAGCUGAACCGACCCCCGCACUGAAGAAACUGGCCUGCCCUCUUCCUUGAAGAGGAAAUGAAGAGGAGGAUACACAAGAAAUACUUGAUUCUGAUCCUGGCAUAUUCAGGUUUACUUCUGCUAAUCCCGUACGUGUUAGAUUACCGGGAUAAAUCCGUUGAACACGCCAGACAUGGACUGCAGCAACAGCCCAGAUGCCCAGAUCUGGAGAACACGGUGGCGCUGCUCUGGGAUAACGGUUACAAACUUAACGGGAGCGACGCGGCGGAGCUCGCCGCCAACAGGAGCCAAUCUCGGAUACAUAUCUACUUGCAUGCCACCUGGAGGACCGGGUCCUCGUUUUUGGGGGAGUUGUUCAACCAGCACCCCGAUGCUUUUUACCUGUACGAGCCAAUGUGGCACAUAUGGCAGGCCCUGUACCCGGGGGACGCGGGGAGUCUCCAGGGCGCAGUGCGGGACAUGAUGAACGCGUUGUACCGCUGCGACUUCUCCGUGCUCAAACUUUACGCCGGUUCUCAAAACAUCACCACGUCGUUUAUAUUCGGCUGGAAGAUGAACAAGGUGAUCUGCUCGGAGCCGCUGUGCGAUGCGCACAAGCGGCACGACAUUGGGUUGGUGAGGGAGGACCUGUGCGCAAAGUGCCAAAAGCGCGACAUAAGAGAGCUGGAGAGGGAGUGUAAAAAGUACCCGGUGAUGGUGAUCAAAGGAGUACGCGUUUUGGACCUGAGCACCUUGGUGCCUUUGAUGAAAGACCCGGCGAUAAACCUCCAGAUCAUUCAGCUCUUUAGAGACCCGAGGGCCGUGCACAACUCCCGCUUGAAGUCCAAGCAGGCCCUGGUGAAGGAGAGCAUCCAGGUGCUGAGGAGUAAGAAGCAGAGCGAUAAAUACAAGCGGCUCCUGGUGCCGAGCAGCAAGGUGAACCGAGCCGAGAGCUACGUCUCCAGCGCCAUGGAGCUCAUCUGUGACAACUGGCUGAGUGACAUGAUGCUGGUGAUGAACGCUCCUCCGUGGGUGAGGAGGAACUAUCUCCGCAUCCGCUACGAAGACCUGGUGCUGCACCCUAUGGAGGAGCUGCAGAGGCUGUACCGCUUCUCCAACCUCUCCACCUUCCCGGCUUUGGAGAAGUUUGCGCUGAACAUGACGCACGGUCACGGGUACUCAUCAGACAGGCCCUUUCUGAUAUCAUCCAGGGAUGCAAAAGAGGCAAUAUACGCCUGGAGGGAGAGACUCAGCGUGGAGCAGAUAAAUCAGGUGGAGGCCUACUGCAGUGAAGUCAUGAGGCAGCUGGGAUAUCAGAAAAACAGCGUGGUUAAAACAACAUGAGGACGUGCCACGAGGAAACCAUAAGGGGCCUGGUAUUCGAGGCUGAGGGCAAAAGGUGGAAUAACAAAACAAGCAGCUGGAAUGUGGGCCGCUGGGAGCUGGCGAGCACGAAUUCUCGGGUUGUUUUCCUUCAGUUGAUGAACUGGAGAUGUUGGAAGAGGAGCCAAGCACAGACAGAUUAAUUAAAUAAGCAGAGAAGGCAGCUUAUUCUUUUUUCUUUUCUUUUUUUACAGUGUUACCUGAUUAACACUAUCAGGGUUUAUACAGAUAGAGAGAAUGUGGGAGAGGACGAGAGAUGCCUGCCUCUAUCUUUGUCUUUUUAGUAGCACUAAUCCCUCCACAAAUCCCCUGCAGGCGAGGUACACAAAAAGCCAGAGAUGGGCCCUUCUUGAGAGAUGCCGGGUUCACCUGCGCAACUUAUCCGUCCUUCCUAUGACUAAGCGCGGCAGUAGUCUCGAGCAUUACUGAUACUUAACUGCAGUUGGCUCACUAACAAUGCCAAUGUAGGUGCUUUGAAAGAAGAAACUACAAUAUUUUUGUGCAAAAGAGGACUGACUGAGGAACUAUUAUUCUACCCCCGGCCCCUCAGGAAUCCAGACAGCUGCAGCCGCCUCACUGACAAAAGCACUCGCAUGGGUGUGAAAUUUUCUAAUAUCCCACGGACGUGUCUUGGAGAGCUGCCUCUGUCCUCUGCCAAUGAACUUUUUUUUAGCGAGUUUACACAAACACAAACAGAUGGUACUGAUUUUAUCUCGUGUACAGUUCUUACUGUUUUUAGUUCUGUUGUUUUUUUUGUCUAAAAUGUUGUAAAAUGCUGUGACAUCCCUCUGAUUAUCGAUGUGUUGAAGAGAGAAAGGGGGGGUUAAAAAGUUUACCAGCAUCCACGUGUUCAACUUUAGAAGUUGGUUCUGUAAUAAAUGUUGUGGGGAAAGUUCUCUCGUCAAAGGAAGAAAAUAACUUUAAGACUAUUUAAACUGACGUCAAUAAAGAGUUAGUAAAAAACUAGAGAAGAAA